CAAAAAGCAAAGUUUCUCUCUCUCUCACGGUAUGAGUGUAGUAUUUUUUGAGAUUGAGUCAGUGACUGGUAUAGAGCAUAUUCCCUGGAUUCAGUGCGUGAAAAGACUUCGUGCGGAACGUGUCAAUUGAAAACGCGAGGGAGUCUAUUGGAUGUGUUCAUAUAAAUAUAUAUAAAAGAAAUUUAUAUGUAUAUAUAUAUAUAUAUAUAGAGAGAUAUUCAUAAUUUAUAACAGAUUAUAUAAACUGCAUAACGUUUGUUAUUUUAAAUAUUAACUCUUUUUUAAAAACUAUGUCAUCUGUAUUAACGCCGUCGAUGAAUAGUAGUAUUACUGUGAAUAACGAACUUACAUUGAAACAUCAAGACAUUUGUGAAGAACUUGCGCUUAUAAAGGAAGAGCGUGACGGUGAUUUAUCGCCUAUGCUUACGCCGCCUCAUACACCGACGGAAGAUCGCAUACGUUGCCUCAAAGAUAAUUGUAUACCAUAUGAGACGAAUUUUAUAAAUUUUGAAACACAGGAAUUGCAUAUUCCAAAUCAUCGUACUUUUCCUAUAAUGGAGCUACAUGAUGUGCAGCCUUCAUAUCAGCAGCAUUCUGAACAGCAUUCUCAAACACAACAACAACAACACCAACAACAACAGCAACAGCAACAGCAGCAGCAGCAGCAACAAAACCAACAACAUCAACAACAUCGAUUUUAUUUACAAAUGCAACAAAACCAUCAAACCGCAUACUGUUUAUCCUAUGGACAUGGCAGUGGCACAACAACAACAUUUCUUCCAGGUACUUCAAUGCCAACAGAUCCAGUCACCGUACACCAACAAGCAUUCCUUAUGAAUCAAUGGUUUCGUAAUGCCUCAUUCUAUCAUAGUACACCACCCGCUUUUCAAAUGCGUCACUAUACGACAAUCCAAAAUAUGCAUUCACCCAGUCGUCUUAAUAAUUGUCCCAUCAAUUCAAUGAAAUUGGCCAAUUCUUCAACUGGCAACAGACCAAAAAAACAAUUCAUCUGUAAAUAUUGUAAUAGACAUUUUACGAAAUCCUACAAUCUGCUAAUACACGAGCGGACCCAUACCAACGAACGCCCCUACUCCUGUGAGAUAUGUGGCAAGGCGUUUCGUCGUCAGGAUCACCUACGCGAUCAUCGUUAUAUACAUUCCAAAGAUAAACCAUUCAAAUGCAGUGAUUGUGGCAAAGGAUUUUGCCAAUCCCGUACACUGGCUGUACAUAAAGUGACACACUUAGAAGAGGCUCCACAUAAAUGUCCCAUAUGCAAACGUUGUUUCAAUCAAAAAAACAAUCUAAAAACCCAUCUACAAAGUCAUGAUAUGGAAGGCGCUGGACAUGAGUCCUCCGUUAAUCAUAUGGAAAGUGAUGUGCUACACCAGCAAAACACCUUAAAUACAUCUAUCAGUGAUAUUGACGAAUUCUCCACGAUGCCAGCUUUAGAUCUUUCUUCGUCAAGCCUCAAUAUAAAACUUCAGAAACCGAAGCGUACUUUAGGCUUCACGAUAGACGAGAUAAUGAGUAGAUAAAAAGCUUUAAAAAGGUUUUCAAAAGUAACUAGCUUAGUUGUAAUCUAUUUCGUACAAUUGUCACAAAAUAGAUUUACGUACACACACACACACCCACACACACACAAAUACACACACAUACAUACAUACAAUCGGGUAAUCUGCAUAUAGUUGCAAUUUGCAAAUCUAAUCGCACAUUGAAGGCUGAGCACUUAAUUAUAUAUUAUUAUUAUUAUUAUUAUUUAUAUAGAGUUUUUGUAAUAAACGUCUAAAAAGUGAGUUCUGUAAUUAAUUCCUAGAGAAAAAAAAUUGUAUAUGCAAAUAUAUAUCUUCAAAACAUACACAUUAAUAUACAUUAUAUAAACAGGCCAAAGUAUAUGUAUUCUUAAAUACAUAGAGCCGUUUUGAAUCGUCAAUAGAUAUUUAAAGUUGUCUUGUAUCUGUAAAUAGUAACCUAUCAU